AUGCCCACAAAACCAGAGAAUCGAAAGACACCACAAAUAGGUACCGAUGACCUGGUCCCUUUCGACCACGCUGCUGCAGGACAUGAAGGUGUCCGCUGUACGCUCUCUGGCGCACUGAUCGCCAAACCAUGCACUCGUCAAGAGGUGGAAUUCUACGAGUCCAGUGCCCUCCACCCAGCCUUCCAGGAGUUCAUCCCCCUCUACGUUGGCUCGCUCUCAUCCGCCGAACAACAGCAACCGCAGGCGAUUGCUGCCGCCCGAGAAUCCGGCACUCUGUUCCUUCCUGACCCCGACGCCUCUACCGACCCUUCGUGUCCUGGUGAACCAUCGCAAACACAGCGCGACGCUACCUCUGCUCUCGGACAAGAUGAAGCCGCAUGGGUGCCGUCUGGAGGCAAGAAACUCGAUACUGGACUGUCGAUCGUGCUGGAGAAUAUCGCCUGCGGAUUCCGUCGGCCCAACGUGUUGGAUGUGAAGCUCGGGGCGCGGUUAUGGGCUGAUGAUGCACCCCUUGAAAAGCGCAGUAAACUCGAUGCUGUGUCUAAAGAGACUACCAGCUCGAGUCUUGGAUAUCGUAUUGCGGGUAUGAAAGUAUGGACAGGAGAGAAAGGGGAGACAGAUGAGGGUGAUCGGACAAAUCCAUAUGCUACGAAAUAUGAGGGUGUAGAGGGCGAAAAGGGCGAGGUCAUCGAGAAGGAUGGAUAUCGGCGAUACGACAAGUGGUAUGGCCGGUCUUUCACCAAGGACACCGUCAAGCAAGGGUUUGAGACUUUCCUUGCGGGUGCCAAAACGGGGAAGAUCGAUCGAUCGCAAAUGAUUGCUCGCCGGUUGGCGGAUGAAUUAAAGAGAGUGCAUCAGAUCAUUGAAGCAGAAGAGAGUCGAAUGUACUCGGCCAGUGUACUUGUGGUCUACGAAGGUGAUCCAGAGGCCAGGGAGCAUGCAAUUGAAGAAGAGAAAAACGCCCCGUCCCGUUCUCAAGAACAAGAAGACUACGAUGAGGAUGACGAGGAAUUUGAGAUUCCCGAUAGCGCAUUAGAAGUAAUUGACCUUCAGCUGGGUGAAGGAAUGCCCCAGCAAGCCAUCAACAUCAACAUCGAUCCACAAACGAUGCCAGAUCUGGCCGAUGACGAAGAGGACGAGGAUCCCCCCAAAGUCCAUGAUCUUCGCUUGAUCGACUUUGCGCAUGCUAAUUGGACACCUGGGCAGGGCCCAGAUGAGAAUGUUCUCUUAGGUGUGCGCAGCCUGAUCGAGGUAUUCGAGGAACUGGCAGAGUGA